UGUCUAGGCUUGGGCAAAAACCCGAGUCCUUCAAAGUAGGCUCUUGCCUCGCUAGCUGGCCCGAAGAAGACUUCGCGGCCUUCGUCGAUGACAAGAACUUUGUCGAACUGGGCAUAGAUGCUCUCACUAGCUUGGUACAACGAUACGAAAGUAGAAGUCUUGUAGAUGUUUGUCACGAUACGGAGGGACUUUGCAUAGUCGAGAGCAGUAGAGGCGUCAAGCCCACGGGUGGAAUUGUCCCAGCAGCAGAUGGUGGCCUUGGUAAUCAUCAUUUCGGCAAUCGAAACACGUUUGCGUUCUCCGCCGGAGAUCCCGCGAACGAAGGGGUUUCCGACGAUUGUGUUUAUUGUGUGUUCAAUUUUGAACAUCUUUAGCAAUAGCUUUACCACACUGUCUUUGAAUUCCUGGUUUGACAUCCCGGAAGGGCGUUUUCCGGGAGUCUUGGUGUCAAGCGCGAAGCCGAGAGUUUGGCCGACAGUCAGCGUUGGAUGGUGAACAUCAUCUGUGAUGAUUCAUAUUAAUCACAACACACACACACAAAAAGAAAAAAAGAAAAUUCAUAGCUCACCCUCUUCAUUAUACACUGCCUCCCCACGAUAUCUCUUGGCAAAAGUAUCCGCCGAAAAUUUCCCAUAGAGCACUUCCCCAUCCACUCUUGUAUAUCCCAUUCGCUGAUUCGCAAUAACCUUGAGGAAAGUGGUACAGCCGCUACCAGGGCGACCGAGAACCAGGACCAUCUCGCCGGGCUUGGUAACGCCGCGGAAGCCCUUAAGUAUAUCGAAUUCACGACCCCUCUUGUCCAGUCCCAAGAUACUAGCAGCCGUAGCAAAGACGUUGAAGAA